CAAGAGGUCAAAACUGAGGUUCCUAGGGCAGCAAAGACCGGCUUAUAUACAGAGGUAGAUAAGGGCAGGCUGUGCACACUGGUCUGUGCACAACUGGUCCAUGCGCAGCAUAAUGAGGGCACAUUUGCAACAUUGCGCACCAGUUCCCAUGACAUAUGCAAGUCAUCAUAA